AUGUCGAAUAAAAAAACAGAUCUUCAUCAUCCAGUUGGAUAUGAUGAUGGAGAACAACAUGUUGGCAAAUCGAAAGUUGAUCCUCGUGAAGAUAAGUUACCACCACAAGCUGGUACACAUGGUCAACCUGAUAGUCAUAUUUCUGGUCAAUCAGGUGCAGAAAUUUUAGGAGGGUCUGCAAGCACACGUGUAACUGGUCAAUCAGUUGAUGAACAACUCAAAUUUCCAUUACCAAACAAUAGUAGAAAAUGA